AAGACAAACAACUUUGUGGCACCUCUUUCUUUCUUUCUUUCUUUCCUCUCCCUUCCUCAAAAACACUUAACACUCUAGGGGAGCAGCCAUGGCUGGUGUUGCAAACAGUGCGAGCAUAAGUCCUAAUGAAGAAGAGAAUGAGCUGAGAAAAGGGCCAUGGACGCUUGACGAAGACACCCUGCUCAUACAUUACAUUGAAAACCACGGUGAAGGCCAUUGGAAUGCCUUAGCAAAAUGUGCAGGAUUGAAGAGGACAGGAAAAAGCUGCAGAUUGAGAUGGCUGAAUUACUUGAAACCUGACAUCAAGCGUGGGAACCUUACUCCACAAGAACAACUCUUGAUCCUUGAGCUCCAUUCCAAGUGGGGUAACAGGUGGUCGAAAAUAGCACAACAUUUGCCAGGAAGAACAGACAAUGAGAUUAAGAACUACUGGAGAACAAGGGUGCAAAAACAGGCACGCCAACUUAAUAUUGAGUCUAAUAGCCAGAGGUUUCUUGAUGCAGUUCGAUGUUUCUGGAUGCCGACUUUGCGUCAGAAGAUGGAGCAAACUUCACUUAGUUUAGACCCUUCACCUUCUCCUUCCAGUUACUUAACUUCUCACAUCUCUGCAGCUCCUACUCCUCCUCCACCAAGCAAGAUGGUGUCACACGUAUCUGAUUAUUCCCUAAUUGGAAAUUCAUGCCCGAGUCAUAAUAGUCCUUCGGAGUCUCUUAUCUCACAGCUGCCUCAAAUUCCAGAACAGCCAGCAAGUUCAUCCUAUGCCUUUGAAGCUUUAAAUGACAGUUAUUAUGUGGACUAUGACAUGGGGGGUCUUGUCCUCGACCCUGUUUCAGAAAUGGCCUCUUUCGACGCUUCACAGUUUGAUUGCCAAAUGACAGAAAGCGAUUGGAUGUCGAACAAUUACAUGACUGACACUUUAUGGAACAUGCAGGGGAUGUGACAAAUUGGGGAGAGAUACAAGAUCAGACGGGGUAUCAAGGACUACAAUUCAUAGUAGGAAUCUAAAGGGUGUAAUGUACUAAUGUAAACAAAGUGACCCUUUAUCUGUAGGAAAUUAUAUAGCUGCAUGCAGCAUAGGUUUUUAGUGGAUGAUAUUCUGUGUCUGAAGUUGUAUGCUUCAAGUUGGAAUGUUCAGUAACUAUAUUUCUACUAGACUAGUAAUAUGCAAAUUGCC